CAACAAAUGCCGACGACCAUUGACGAAGAGGAGCUUGAGGAUGAAGAUGCGGAGGAAUUGGAACCGGAGACGGCCGAGGAGGAGGGUGCCGGCAGCCACGACGCCGACGAGCCUGCCUCAUCCCAAACCGCCACCGGUAAUAAAAAAAGUAAGUCUGAACUACUGAAAAAUAAUUUUGAUAAAUGGAAGGACCCACAAACCGGCUAUUGGCACGCAACUUGCAAGUGGUGCAACAACAAUUAUAGUUUGGGAACCUCCGGCGGAUACGGAUCCGCCGCAAGGCAUCUUAAGGCAAAGCACCCCGUGGAGCAUGCAAAAUUAGGCGGCGGAACGGGGAAGCAAACUCAAAUAUCGAGAAAAUGAUGACUUUGACGUUCUAGACUGGUGGAAGUCAAAAGAAAGAACGUUCCUGAUUUUAGCACGGAUGGCUAAGCAAGUACUAUCAAUGCCGAUUUCAACAGUUGCUGUGGAACAAGAAUUUAGUUCGGCCAGCAACGUCCUAACGGUAUCUAGAUCGAGAUUGAGCGCGGAGUCUCUUGAGACGCUUAUAUGCUACCACGAUUGGUUGAAGGCCACACGUAGAACUCAAGAAAUGAGCAUCACCCCCUCCCAAGAUUUUAUGGAUGACUCAACAACCGAUGGUGGCUCUACCUAUGCCGGAG